AUGUCUUAUACUUCUACUAGUACUAGUUUCAUGUCAGUGACAGGAUGUGAUGCUUCACUUCUACUAGACAACAGUUCAAGCAUACUGAGUGAAAAAUUGUCUGGUCCCAACGUUAACUCUGCUCGGGGUUUCGAUGUUGUUGACAACAUCAAGACUGCUGUAGAGAAUUCUUGUCCUGGUGUUGUCUCCUGCGCUGACGUUCUUGCACUUGCUAUCGAAUCUUCAGUUUCUCUGUCAGGAGGUCCUUCAUGGAAUGUACUAUUGGGAAGAAGGGAUAGUCUAAAUGCAAAUCAGGCUGGAGCCAAUACAUCAAUCCCCUCUCCUUCUGAAGGCCUAAGCAGCAUUACUGCAAAGUUCUCUGCAGUAGGUCUAAACACCAAUGACCUUGUCACAUUAUCAGGAGCUCAUACAUUUGGACGUGCCCAAUGUCGAAGAUUUAGCAAUAGGCUGUACAAUUUCAAUGGCACAGGCAACCCUGACCCAACAUUAAACUCAACAUACUUGACCACUCUGCAAAAAAUAUGCCCACAAAAUGGGAGUGGAACUGCUUUGGCUAACCUUGAUCCCACAACUUCAGAUGGAUUUGACAAUAAUUACUUCACCAACCUACAAAACAAUCAAGGUCUUCUCCAAUCAGACCAAGAGUUAUUUUCCACAACUGGUGCUGCCACAAUCUCUAUUGUCAACACCUUCAGGCUGGCUUUAUAA